GCAACAGGAAGGCCCGCGAGUUGAUCCGGUACUCCUUCGGUGGCUUUCAAUGUCCCAUCACUUCGGCCGCACCCUACGUCAGCCGGAAACACAAGAUGCUGCCGAUGAGAAUUCUUCAUGAACUAGGAUCCGACUUCGCAGUUUCUAGAACAGGCUACUUGGAGUAGGGCGUCUGCGCCUACAGCGGCCUCGAUCGAUCACACAAGCGCCUGCGUUUGCCGACUACCGCCACUGAAGCGAACACCAUGUCGGCCGCACGCAAGGUCUUCCACUGUGCCGUGGAUGAAACGGCAUUAACGACGAACAUCAGCGAGAUAAAAAAAUGGGCCACCAACGGAGCUAUCACUCUCAUCGUUCCUCUUUACACACUUGAGCGCCUUCAUGCAUUGAAGAAAGCCGGAUCCCAGGUCGCCAUCAACGCUCGAGAGGCAGUGCGGUUUCUUGACCGCGCAACCUCGGACAAAGGCAACGCUGCUUCUGAACGAGUUAUAUUGCAGGGCCCGAUGGAACAGUUUGAAGACUGGAGUGAGGCGGAGAAGUUCUUUUUACCGGAAUUUGAGGAGGAACCAGAAGCUGCCGGGAGAUUAGGCUCAGCGGACGAGCCGACUCUGCAGGACAGGCGCGAGGAGAAGGACAGUGACCGCAGGAAGAGCAAUGGUGCUACGGACGACCUAUCACGGAUGCUCCUCAGCAAGCUGAAUUUCAAGAAGGACCCGGAUGCCGCCUCGGCUACAUCUACUGGCACUCAUAGUGGCCCCGCCUCCCGGCCAGCAACGGACACCGCCGCACCGCCUCUGGGUGUACUAUCCCCGUUGUGCCGCCCGUCUUACGGCCUUUGUCUUAGCGCACUUCUUUGGAAACUACACAAAAGUCCCGAUGCAUCUAAUGCUGCUAAGGCUCCUAUCCUAGUUACCAACGAUCCGUACUACGCAAAUUUGGGCACAAAAAUUUGGUAUUGCUGUCAAGAACAUCCAUCAAGUACGAUAGAAAUUCCAACCCAACCAAUCGACCCCAACUCGUUCAGCCGGUCGCUGGGCGUGCCCUCGAAGCAGCAUGCCACGGUCGAUUUGAGUACCCAGGCCGGCGCCUCACGUGGCUUCGCAGGCGCCUCGCGGAACAAUGGAAACAACCGGCGCGGAACGUCUCGUGGCCAAACUCGUGGCGGCAGCCGUGGCCGUGGCAAGCUAUGGGUUCCUUGAUCUUACGAUGGUGGUCCGUCGACCGUUAUGAUGCGACGGACUGACAAUCAAUACAACUACGCGAUUGACCGAAUGGUUGCCUUAUGAAGCAGAAAAAAAAAGGUUGUAUCUGCCUAGCCCGACUCAGUUCUCUGUCAGUUUCCUUUAUAGGUAAGACAUAUGGGUUUUGAGCGGAUGACCAUGGAUGCAAGAGCCGGAGGAUGGAGGUGUCAAAUACGGUACUUAUUCCACCUCGGGAUUCGACUACGGAGAAUUGUGACAUGGCCUAGAUGGGUUCAGAUUGAGUUCAGGUCAGGUCCAGUCCAGGCGUCCACUUUGCGUUCCUAUGAUCGCUCAUAUCAUGUCAUGCCUUUACUCCUUUACUUUCCGUUUAUCAUGGAGGAAACGGGGCUGCUGUUUCAUCUGCCGCGUGGGUAGAACCCCGUGUCCCGACCAGAUCAGCAUGCUUUGCAAGAGGUAGGCUAUUCAACAUGCUACUCUUAGUUAGUUACCAGCAUACAUCUCUGCCAAGACAGGUGUGCUGGACCGUCCUUCUUUUAUUGUCCCGCGUUGAUUUUGUCGGCAUCACCAGACUGAGACUGGAUGUCAGUUACCUUACUUAGCUCAUUGAAUACUUCACAUAUCUAGAA